AUGGCUGCUGCACACCGCUGCCUCUCCCUGCUGUUCCUGUCCACGUGUGUGGCUCUGUUGCUGCAGCCACCGCUGGGUGCCUCAGGGGACCCGCUGGAGCCAGUGUACCCAGGGGACAAUGCCACACCAGAGCAGUUGGCCCAGUAUGUGGCCGAGCUCCGCAGAUACAUCAACAGGGUGACCAGGCCCAGAUACGGGAAAAGAGAUCAAGAAGAAACGCCGUGGAACUUCUUGGAGUGGGGAGCCCCCAACAAAGUUGCCCCCAGGUAGGUUUGGUUCCCCGCCCUGUGUGCCAGCUCCCUGGGGCUGAAAUGGGGGUGGAGGUGAGUUGGGGGUUUGGGGG